AUGGUGAUUCUAAGCAAUGAUCUUGGUCUUGCAUUCUGUAAACUAGGUGACUCAUCCUGGACUACCCUGGAAGAUAAUGAUAAUCCAGGGUUGUUGUUAACCCCUACCGACCUUGCGUAUUCGAGCGAGGAUCAAUUGUUCUAUUGCACAGACUCCUAUUCCGAUUCAGAUCUCGACGCCUGGAAUCUCCGCAAUCCUUGUUCCCCAAGGAGAAUUGAUAUCAAAGCAGGCCUCGUUUAUGGGACUCCCGAUUACCCGGAGUCUGAAAAGAAACUAAGGAAUUAUAGUUCUCUGAUUCAGUAUAGGAACUACCUGGCGAUGGAAUCGCAUUCUGGGGAUGUUUUGCUGGUUAAAAGGUUUGUGGCGGGGGCUGCAGAUGAUGGCACGAUCAUCGACACGGAUAACUCCGAUCAUGGUCAAAAUUUCUCUUUUAAGACUCUUCGGUUCGAUGUUAGCAGAUUCAAUACGACCAAAAGGGGUUGGGAUUAUGUGACGGACCUCGGUGACGGAGUUCUGUUCGUGGGAUUGAACCAUGCAUUUCAUCUAUCAGCUACUGACUUUGCUCCUGGAGUAUUGAUCCCCAAUUCUAUCUAUUUCAACGUUGACGUCCGGAUGAGAUGUGAUGAUAUCGGCAUCUACAACAUGCAAGAUUUCACGAUCAAAUCCAUUUUCCCGUCUCAUCUUCAUCCAUUCAACAAUAUUUGGCUACCAACCCCCAUUUGGUUUACCCCUAACCCAGAGAAUAAAUAA